UUUCGGAGGAGUAGUACUUUGGGGUUGUGGUGAUUAAUCAUUUAUGGCUGGCGGUGUCGAUUUGAUUUGCUUGGUGUUUAUGUGGAGCUUGUGGAGUGCUGCUUAUAAUGGUGCAACAAACACACUGAAACCAGGUGAAAGUCUAAAUUCUUCAAGCUUGUUAGUUUCUGCAAAUGGGAAGUUCACUAUGAAUUUUCGUGUUUAUGAACUUGAUCCAAACCAUAGCUACUUAGUUAUAAAGUGGAAUGCGAGUCAUAACUAUGCGUGGGUUGCGAAUAGAGAAACACCCAUUUUGUACCCUUUCGGAGUUCUUACAUUGGACAGGAACUACACAUUGAAGAUUACUCACAGAGAUGGGGAUGCUGUGGUGCUUUACUCUGCUGAUUCGGAGACUAUCAGUGGUGAUGCUGUGGCUACUCUUAUGGAUGAUGGGAAUUUUGUGCUGCAAGAAGUGAGCGAUGAUGGAUCGGUGAAGAGGGAUUUGUGGCAGAGUUUUGAUUAUCCUGGGGAUGUGCUUCUGCCAGGUAUGAAAUUAGGGGUUAACCGUAGUAAUGGGCAUAAUUGGUCACUUUCGUGCUGGUUAACUGAGAAAAGUGCAGUGCCAGGACCUUUCACUCUUGAUUGGGACCCUGAUGGACACGAAUUGAAAAUUAAGCGGCAUGGGGUGGUGUAUUGGAGUAGUGGAGUGUUUCGAGAUGGGAAUGCAUCGCAUAAGUGGAUAUGGAUUGGUAUUGCACUAGUCGCUGUUCUUCUGGCAAUGGUGUUUUGUAGCAUGUGCUACCUACUACGAAGAAGAAAACUUGCAGAAAUGUCCAGGAUAUGCUGCAUGAUGAAUUCUAAUAGACCUACUAAAGCUAAUGGACUUCAAAAUGAUGAUUUAAGGGUAUUUAAGUAUGCAUCUAUCAUAGCCGCCACCUGCAACUUCUCUGAUGAAAAUAAGCUAGGAGAAGGCGGUUUUGGACCUGUUUAUAAGGGGAAAUUGGUGACCGGACAAGAAGUGGCAGUGAAGAGGCUUUCAAAACGUUCAGGACAGGGUAUAUCGGAGUUUAAGAAUGAGUUGAUACUUAUAUAUGAACUCCAGCAUACAAACCUUGUUCAGCUCUUCGGAUUUUGCAUUCAUGGUGAAGAGAGAAUGUUGAUAUACGAGUACAUGCCAAACAAAAGCUUGGACUACGUUUUAUUUGAUUCAACUAGAUGCCAGCAGCUAGAUUGGAACAAACGUUUCAACAUAAUUGAAGGAAUUGCUCAAGGAUUGGUUUACUUGCACAAAUAUUCCAGAAUGAGAGUAAUUCAUAGAGAUUUAAAAGCAAGUAAUGUUCUGCUUGAUGAAAGGAUGAAUCCCAAAAUUUCAGACUUUGGAAUGGCUAGGAUUUUCAUGAAUGAUGAACAAGAAGCAAAUACAAUGAAGAUAGUGGGGACACUUGGUUAUAUGCCCCCUGAGUAUGUUAUGGGGGGAAAUUUUUCCAUAAAAUCGGAUGUCUAUAGUUUCGGAGUGUUAAUGCUUGAAAUCCUAAGUGGUAGGAAAAACAACAGCUUCUACAAUGAUGGCCGCGCCUUCAACUUAGUUGGCUAUGCCUGGGCGUUAUGGAAAGAAGGUGCAGGACUAGGACUAAUGGAUCCAACACUUGACGAUUCAUGUGAUAAAGAUCAAUUGUUGAGGUGCGUCCAUGUUGGUCUGCUCUGCGUGGAGGAAAAUGCAGCCAGUCGACCCACGAUGUUAGAUGUGAUACUUAUGCUGACCAAUGAAAGCAUGUCUUUACCAGUUCCUACAAAACCAGCAUUCUGUACAGAAAGAAAUGUGAUCACAGAUGCUAUAGGUGGAAACAGACCGGAAAUGGUUGCAUCUGUAAAUGGUAUCUCCAAUUCUGGUUUUGAUGGGCGUUAA